AUGGAGCGGUUGCUCGGGGCUGUUGGAAAGCUGCGCAAGUGGGAUUCUGCGGCUAGUGUGACGGAUGACCACAAGGGCGUCAAGUUUGGAUUCGCCUUGUUCGAGGACCCUUGGUCGCUUUCAACUGCGAUCAAACUUCUGCACGAGAACGAGGUGGAAGUCCCUGUGAAGCGACAACAGGCGACUGCGGAAGCUCCCAAGGAUGACUCUUACGAGGGCAUUGAGAAGGUGAAGCUCCAGGUGGCUGUCGACGAAAGCUCGCUUAAGUACAUCGAGUCAUACGAGGAGAGUCAGGAUGGUUCUCUCGGGACGGAGAAGCUGGAGGCAGCCAAGGCGGCGCUCAAGGACGUUAUCCACGAUCUGUUUUACCCCAACAGCAACACGAGCGAAUCCCAGGACGUCACGAUGGGCAACACCGAGUCCGGCGACAACGUCGAAGUCGUAAACAUUCCCCUCGCGCAGGACGAUGAGCUUGCGGACAUUCCGGCUGAGAUGCGAGAAGUCGUGGCUCAGGAGAUUGCGGCAUUCCGCGAGCGUAGUAAUCAGCGGGAUCUGGAACGUUUGAGAAGAGAGGAGGAGAUGGAGGAGAUGGAAAGACGACGAAACGGACCUUCUCGGCCAUCUCGACUUGACUCGCCACCUGCGAGCGCCAACAACAUUCCCCUUGGUCCUCGUGGAAGCAUCCCGAAUGCGCCUUCAGGACCCAAGGGACAGAACGGACAGGGUCGCAUUGCUUUUGUCAAUGGUGGCAUUUCCAACACAGACCUGUCUAUCAACCAGGAGGACGAAGAUACAGACGCUAGUGACGCAGAGCUGAACCGCCGUCAGCAGUCCAAGAAGCAGGCCGAAGAGGAAAAGUCAUACCUCGAAGCUGAGCGGAAGUGGAGUAACCGAGAACGAUCGAGACAAGCAGCAAUAGAACGAGAGCGAGAGCGUGAACGCCAGGACACCGAAUCUUUGGAACGAAGAAAGGAAGAGCAGCUUGAGAGGGAGAAGUCCUGGGACGAUGAGAAGGAGGCAAGUCGUAAGGCGCACUCGUACUAUCGAGAUCACAGUGGAUGGGCCCGUAAGAGGUCAGGCGAUCGAGCAGAUGAGGAGGGACGAGAUGAAGCAGACCGGAGAGCAGAGCAUGACGAGCAACGUCGUGAGAAGGUCGAGAUGGAGAGAGCGCGUGGCCAGGCAGAUUCAUUCCUCGACAAGCAGGCCGAAGAGAUGGAGCAGCGACAAGUUCCCUCGGUGGCAGCACCUCAGCCAUUCAAGCUGUCCCUUGGUGCCGCAGCUCAGAAGGCUCAGGCAUCUAGGGCGGCUCCUCAACGGCGCACCAUCGCCGAGGUGGAGGGUCUUUUGGACGACGAGGAGGGUGACGAAUCCACUAAGCGACAGCUGAUCCCGAUCCAGUUCGAGCCCACAUCCGCGACGGCUUCAAUGACGGAAGAAGAGAUCUCUCAGGCUGUUCGUGCUCUUGCGCAGGAGAUUCCCUCGGAUAAGGAGGGCCUGUGGAGCUGGGAAGUCAAGUGGGAUUACAUGGACGAUGGCAUCGUGCGGGAUAAGCUCCGGCCGUUUGUGGAGAAGAAGAUUGUCGAGUAUCUUGGCGUGCAGGAGGAGAUGCUCGUCGAGGCUGUGGAGGAGCAUCUCCGAGCUCACGGGACUGCGACGGCAUUGGUGGAGGAACUGGAGGGGGCACUCGACGACGAGGCAGAGGAUCUUGUCAAGAAGCUUUGGCGUAUGGUCAUCUUCUUUACCGAGAGCGAGAAGCGAGGACUUCCAGGAUGA